AUGGUAUGUCUCUUCAUCAAUGACGAUUCAUUCGCCAAAUCGAAAGGAGCCGUGCCUCUUCCGUCUGCCCGUGAGUCUGCCCGUGAGAGGGAGCCACGAGUUCUGGUAAAAUCGCAGCAUUCUGGGCAAAUGCCAUCACCGCGUCACCCCUUGGUCCGACUCAGAUCCGGAGUCCAGAUGAGGGCCAUCAAGAUUGACCUGAGACUCCAUCACGAAUCGCCAGUCGACAAAUCUCCGCAUGCAAUGCCGGGUACCCAAUUCGACCAGACGCGCACUCGUCAGGGUAGUACUGAACACGGCGGAGUAACCAAUUAG